AGGGAUCCUUAGAACACCGUUAAAAGCUGAUGCUCAGCCCUGACACACAUUCAUUGUUAGACCACACAGCUACCUCAAGAAAAUACUAUAGUAACCACAUGAUGCGAGGACAAAAAGAGAUUUUAGAGCAACUGGCAGGGACCUUCCACAUCCAGCAUGUGCUGCUCCGCCAGGCCCUGGCAGAAUGCCUGGGAACGCUUAUUCUGGUGAUGUUUGGUUGUGGCUCGGUGGCACAGAUGCUGCUAAGUGAAGGAUCUCAUGGCACAUUCCUCUCUGUUAACCUGGCUUUUGGUUUUGCUGUAACACUGGCCAUCCUUGUGAGUGGACAGAUCUCAGGUGGUCAUCUGAACCCAGCGGUGACCUUCACACUGUGUUUACUUGGGAGAGAGCCUUGGAGGAAGUUCCUGCUGUUCUGUUUCUUCCAGACGCUUGGAGCCUUUCUGGGUGCGGCCGUUGUAUUUGGAAUGUAUUAUGAUGCACUGUGGGACUUUGGCCAGGGGCAGCUGAUUGUGGUGGGGAAGAAUGCCACAGCCGGGAUUUUUGCCACAUACCCAGCCAAGCAUCUCACCCUGGUUAAUGGAUUCUUUGAUCAGAUUAUUGGAACAGCUGCACUGAUCGUGUGUAUCCUGGCCAUAGUUGAUCCACACAACAACCCAGUCCCUAAAGGUCUGGAGGCCUUCACAGUGGGCUUUGUUGUGUUGGUCAUCGGCCUGUCAAUGGGCUUCAACUCUGGCUAUGCUGUCAAUCCAGCUAGGGAUUUAGGACCACGCAUCUUUACAGCUGUUGCCGGCUGGGGUGGAGAGGUUUUCACAGCGAACACCUACUGGUUCUUUGUGCCCAUCUGUGCUCCAUUCUUUGGCGCAGUGGUGGGUGUGCUGAUGUACCAGCUGAUGAUUGGAUACCAUCUAGAAGGAGAAGAGAAACAGGAGCAGAGGGAGGAGGAGGAAAGGUUCAAACUUUCCAAUAUCACAACCAACAAUGAUGCAUGAGCUCAUCUGAAUUUCUUUCUACAAUUAUGCCACAGUAUUAAACUCCGCUCAAAGACAUUCUCUCUUUGGCUGUUUAGAAAAACGGUUCGCUUUUAUGCGUCACUUUAACAACACUUUUUUGCUAACAGGUAAGCCUUCGAUCAAUCAUCACGAAGGCAUUUCCUCUUGCAUCCUCUUAUCACAGAAACAGUUUCUCAGAAAACAAUGGCACUUGUUUUUGUAUUCAUUUUCAUUGAACUCCAGUCAGCUCUUCCAUUUCUACUUGAAGCACAAACUAGUUCCUUCAUGCUGCGUGUCUGACAAAACAAAUCUAUCAGCUCACGGAAAAAAGCCAAACAAAAGAUAGUUUACGCUGAAGCAGUACUUGAGCGGUGCCUUGUUUAUUUCUGUCUAAGGUGGAGGUAACCUUCAAAUCACCAACAAAUCAAAAAGCAUCCACUCUCAACCCUUUCUACUGCAAUUUCUUUCAUUUUGGAAGAACUGUGUGUUUCACUUCUGCAGGGUUCCUAAGCUGGAGGCACAUUUUCUUCUUUAACACAGAAACACAUUAUAAAUCAGCACAGUUGCAUUAUGCUGCAAUUUUGGCAUUGCAAAGUGUAACAGUGUGAAAUUUCUUAAACACUUACUACCUGCCCCCAUGUGUUUCCACCACCUAACAGCUUGUCACACCUCAUGUCGGAUCUGUAAGUAAUUAAAGCAUCUCAGAGUACAA